UCCAAUUCUCUCUCUCUCACUCUCUGCCUCUAACCUCUCUGCUCUCUUCUCCGCCUCCUUCCCCUCUUUCUCUGUAAACAAAACACCGAAGAACACAGAAGAAAACUUCAAACAGUGAAAAGUUACAACGAAAACAUAGGGGGAAAAUGAGACUUUUUCUUCUUCUGCUUCUUCUUCUCCACAUUUCGCACUCACUCGCUCGGGCACGCAUCAUUCCGGAGUACCGGGCACUACUCUCCGUGAAGUCUGCCAUCACCGACGAUCCCCAGUCGGCGUUGGAGUCAUGGAAUGUUUCGACCAGUCACUGUACCUGGCCAGGGGUCACUUGCGACCCUCGGCGCCAUGUCACGGCGCUGGACCUCUCUGGGCUUAAUCUCUCGGGUACUCUUUCACCGGACAUAGCACAUCUACGCUUCCUUCAGAACUUAACCGUCGCCGUCAACCAGAUUUCGGGGCCCAUUCCCCCGGAGAUCUCGGUUAUCUCGGGUCUUCGAUUGCUCAACCUCUCUAACAACGUCUUCAAUGGCUCUUUCCCUGACGAGCUCUCUAGUCUCGUCCAACUCCGAGUACUCGACCUGUACAACAACAAUAUGACGGGUGACCUGCCAAUAUCCGUCACCCGCAUGAUUCAGCUGCGCCAUUUGCAUCUAGGCGGAAACUUUUUCGAAGGCCGGAUCCCUCUCGAGUACGGCAGUUGGCCGUUUUUAGAGUAUUUGGCCGUCUCCGGCAACGAACUCGCCGGAAAAAUUCCCGCCGAGAUUGGCAAUCUAACGAAGUUACAACAGCUGUAUAUUGGUUAUUUUAACACUUUCGACGACGGUUUGCCCCCAGAGAUUGGGAAUUUGUCGGAACUGGUUCGUUUUGACGCCGCUAGCUGCGGGUUGUCGGGCGAGAUACCGGCCGAGAUCGGAAGGCUGCAGAAGCUGGACACAUUGUUCCUGCAAGUAAAUUCUCUUUCGGGGCCGUUGACACCGGAACUGGGGAGCUUGUCGAGCUUGAAAUCAAUAGAUUUGUCGAACAACAUGUUCUCUGGUGAGAUACCGGAGUCGUUUUCUCAGCUCAAGAACUUGACGCUUUUGAAUCUUUUCCGGAACAAGCUUCACGGAGCAAUACCGGAGUUCAUAGGCGAUAUGCCGGCGUUGGAGGUAUUGCAGCUAUGGGAGAACAACUUUACUGGGAACAUUCCGCAAGGAUUGGGGAAGAAUGGGAAGUUGCAGCUCCUGGAUCUUUCUUCCAAUAAACUCACCGGAACUCUCCCUCCUGAUAUGUGUAAUGGUAACCGGUUGCAAACUCUGAUUACCCUGAGUAACUUUUUGCUCGGGCCGAUUCCGGAAUCGCUCGGCAAAUGCCAGUCGCUGAGUCGGAUUCGGAUGGGUGAGAAUUUUCUCAAUGGGUCUAUUCCUAAAGGCCUUUUCGGGUUGCCAAAGCUCACUCAAGUUGAGCUUCAAGAUAACUUGCUCUCUGGGGAGUUUCCAGUGACCGACACAAUAGCAGCGAACCUUGGCCAGAUUAGUCUAUCCAACAAUCAUCUCUCUGGCUCGUUACCUUCUGCUAUCGGCAACUUCUCUGGUAUGCAGAAGCUUCUUCUCGACGGGAACAAGUUCUCCGGUCGAAUCCCGUCUGAGAUUGGGAAACUACAGCAGCUUUCCAAGAUGGAUUUCAGCCACAACAAGUUUUCAGGCCCAAUUACUCCCGAGAUUAGCCAAUGCAAGCUGCUAACCUUUGUUGAUCUCAGUCGAAAUGAGCUUUCUGGUGCUAUCCCAAAUGAUGUCGUAAGCAUGAGGAUCCUGAAUUACCUGAAUCUUUCAAGAAACCAUCUGGUCGGUAGCAUUCCUUCAUCCAUAGCUUCUAUGCAGAGCUUAACCUCUGUUGAUUUUAGCUACAACAACCUCUCCGGUUUGGUUCCUGGCACUGGUCAGUUUAGUUACUUCAAUUACACUUCGUUUCUGGGUAAUCCGGAGCUUUGCGGCCCGUACUUGGGACCUUGCAAAGACGGGGUUGGCAAUGGAACCCACCAGCCGCACGUUAAAGGGCCACUCUCCGCUUCUCUGAAGCUUUUGCUUGUAAUUGGAUUGCUCGUCUGCUCGAUUGCUUUCGCUAUUGCAGCGAUAGUCAAGGCAAGGUCAUUGAAGAAGGCAAGCGAGUCUCGCGCAUGGAAGCUCACUGCCUUCCAGCGUCUGGACUUCACCUGCGAUGAUGUUUUGGAUUGCUUGAAAGAAGACAACAUCAUUGGAAAAGGCGGUGCUGGAAUUGUGUACAAAGGUGUUAUGCCCAAUGGGGAUCAAGUCGCCGUCAAAAGGUUGCCGGCGAUGACCCGAGGUUCUUCUCAUGACCAUGGAUUCAAUGCUGAGAUUCAGACUCUGGGGAGGAUUAGGCACAGGCAUAUUGUUAGGCUUCUGGGCUUUUGUUCAAACCACGAAACCAAUCUUUUGGUCUAUGAAUACAUGCCUAAUGGAAGCUUGGGUGAGGUUCUUCACGGAAAGAAAGGCGGGCAUUUGCACUGGGAUACAAGAUACAAGAUUGCUGUGGAAGCAGCAAAGGGACUCUGCUACCUCCACCACGAUUGCUCACCCUUGAUUGUUCAUAGGGACGUGAAAUCCAACAACAUCCUUCUCGAUUCCAACUAUGAGGCUCAUGUUGCUGAUUUUGGCCUUGCCAAAUUCCUCCAAGAUUCAGGAACAUCCGAGUGCAUGUCUGCAAUUGCUGGUUCUUAUGGAUAUAUUGCUCCUGAGUAUGCCUACACUCUGAAGGUUGACGAGAAGAGCGAUGUGUAUAGCUUCGGUGUAGUCCUGUUAGAGCUCAUCACUGGGCGAAAACCAGUGGGAGAAUUCGGUGAUGGCGUAGAUAUUGUUCAAUGGGUACGCAAAAUGACAGAUUCCAACAAGGAAGGAGUCCUCAAAGUGCUCGAUCCAAGACUCCCCACAGUUCCACUCCAUGAAGUAAUGCAUGUAUUCUACGUAGCAAUGCUCUGCGUUGAAGAACAGGCUGUCGAGCGCCCAACAAUGCGAGAAGUAGUUCAAAUCUUGACAGAGCUUCCCAAAUCACCCGGCUCAAAGCAAGGAGACCCAACAGUCGUAGACUCAUCCCUGCCACUACCGCUGCCGUCACUGACCAACGCAAUCUCUGAGUCGCCAAAUGCAAAAGCAAAAGACCCGAAAGACCAUCAGCACCCACCACCACCGCAGUCACCCCCGCCUGAUCUCCUCAGCAUCUGAACCUUUUUUGUUGGGGAAUCACCCGGUGCCUCUAAAUUCCAUAAAUUGUGCUAGUUUCUUUCUACUUGGGUGUUUUUCUUUUUCUUUUUCUUUUUCUGAAGGGGGAAGACGUAUUGGGAUUUGCUCUAACUUUAAGAUGUUAAAAUCAAAUGCUUAUCAAGGCAAUUUCUGUACAGUAGGAUUGGUGGUAAGGGGAAAGUGGAAACUGGGUGUUUUUAUUUUAUUUUUUUCUCACUAAAAACUUUGUCUUCAUCAUACGUUUUUAAGUAGUGUACUGCUGGCUGCUUCUGCUUCACGCU